AUGGCGCCCGCACAACCAGAACUUAAGAAGUACCUUGACAAAAGGCUGUUUGUUGAGUUGAACGGCAGCCGCAGGGUUAUUGGCGUUCUCCGUGGCUAUGACGUCUUCUUGAACAUUGUUCUGGACGAUGCUGUCGAGGAGAGGCCCAACGGAGAGAAGGUCAAGCUGGGCAUGGUGACCAUCCGUGGCAACUCGGUCGUCAUCCUGGAGCCUCUCGAGCGCAUCGGCGAUGAUCGUCCCGGCCGUUAA